AUGGCGACGCGUACCGGUAACGAUAACCACCAUGGUUUAGUGAGCGACCGAUCCAAGGAUCAAAAUCAAGAGCACUCUUCAUUUCCACGCACUGGCUCAGAUACUGCUGCUCCGAUAGCAAAGGUCUUGAAUAAUGAUGCGCCUGCACCAUAUAUUGCACAGCCGUCAAAUCCAGCCCAUAACUUCUCCACGAAGCCAUUCAGUGGCCGCUUGAUAGAUCUUUUACUUGACACACCAGCAUCACCAACUGUACGAGAGAGAGUUGACUACCUGCCUGCAGAGGCUCGACCGGCAGAUAGCAACCAUUCGGUCAUUCAGCUUCCAAAGCUGCCUCAACUGGCAGCAAAAAAAACACAAAGGCCGAGGAUUCCACCCCUUCUCCAGGGAUUGCAUCAGCCACCACCGUUGCCACCCUCGGAUAGGCUCUUCCCACCCAUCACCAGCGAUAAAAAUGCGUUCACGAACAGUUCAAGGGACAGAGGAAGCUUUGACUCCCGCGCCGGGACCAGACUUAGUCCCCCCGUGAAAACUAACGGUGCAUUCAACACAGCCACAGCCGUUUCGAACAACGAUGAAUCUUGCAGAGAGAAGAAUCUACAGAAGAGCCGGACUGGUACCAACAUUCCUGAUACGGAAGAAACCCAUGGCUCACAUGACACGACUUCGUCAAGAGAGAGGGUUCAGGAAGGCGUGCCAUCUAAGCCUGGUAGGCAGCGAAGAAGGUGGUCAAAGCAGGAGACGAAAGAUUUGCUUGUAGGCGUCAGUCGCUACGGAAUCGGUAGCUGGAAAAAGAUCCUGCAGAGUCCGGACUUGAAUUUUCAUGGACGAACCGCAGUCGACCUGAAGGACCGCUUCCGAGUAUGUUGCCCCAGUGAGGCUUCCAAGAAGAACAAGUCAAAGCAGAGAAGCUCUGCCACAGAGUCGCAGAACGAUCUUUCGUCCAAGGUCCUAGCUCCGCUAUCAGAAGCAAAUAGACCUCACCACCAAAAUCCAAAUGGUGAUGCUCUUUCCCCGCCAGAGCCAGAACCCAAGAAGAAGCGUAAAUCUGGGUCCAACACAGUGGCCUUGCAGCUGGCGGAUAUUGGCAUCAGUGGCCCGUUUGCGAAGAAGUAUCGGCGACCCCAGUGCAAGUUUAGCGCUGUUGACGAUUUGAAUCUACUCAAGGGGUUUGAAAAGCACGGUUCUGUCUGGCGGGCGAUAUGCGAUGAUGCCGAACUGGGACUUGGUACCCGUCGUCCCACAGAUCUGCGAGAUCGAUUCCGGAUCAAGUACCCAGAGAAGUUUGCAGAGUCUGGACAUAAGCUCAAAGCGAAACACGACAAGAUCAUCUCGGAGCAGCGAGCGGCAAACAAGGAACGGGAACAACAGACACAGUCUCUCCAGGCGGAUGAGACAACUUCUCCCCAAUCAGCGAAGCGCAUCACUUGCUACACAUCUGAAGUGGAGAGAUUGACUAGGCCAAAUGACUCGUUGCCAGACAUGACGUUUCUCUCACCUCCGAACCAAACUUCAAGAUCCAACGACAAUACACCCUAUACUUUCAACCCUUUCCCCGCCAUGUUUGACGAUUACGGAAGUCUAGAGCACGAUGAAUUCAGCAACAGCCCCAUUAUCCUCAACAGAGACAUCUUACAAUGGGCCGAUGCAAACCACACCUCGUCGUACAACCAAGUCCUCGCCCACGGCACAGGAGACCAACCAUCACGAUCCAGCAACACCAUGGACGGCAACCACCUCAACAACACUUGGAACGCCUUCCCACCCCGCUCAACAGAUCUCUCGAAAACCGCAUUGCCAUCCACAUGUAUACCCAGCAGCCGCCCUAGUCUACCAAACGAGCUCCCCACCCACACGCCAUCCACCUCUCUAACCAUGCCGACAACACACACAACCACCAAUGCGAACAACCCUAGCCACCUGGGCGCCACUGCCCCGGCAAAGAAUAGUUUGCCGCAGACGCCGAAUCUGCCGACGAUUGUCUUUCCCCAUGUCCCGGCUGCUAGUGCGAGGAAUACGCUGCAUAAUCUGCCCACGCCUGCUGAUUUGCUGUUGGGCGUUGAAGAGGAUGCCCCGGGCUUUCUCAUGGAUUCUUUUUCGAGGUAG